AUGGCUUUACAAGAUGUCUGUAGCUUUCACAGUUCCCCCACCUACUCUGAAUGGAAUUCUCCAGUGUCACUGUUUAUGCCUCUGGAAGACACCUCUAAAUUUUUCAGAGGAUGGACUGGAAGGGAUUCUAUCUCCGGACACCAACAGAGUUUGUUGAACUUUUACAUGCCAGUGGCAGACUACCUCACAGAGAGCCCAAUAGAAUUUGGCCAAGUCAAACCUGACGAGAUGUCAUCCAUUCCAACAACAAACUACCACAACUCCUCUCUCCCCUCUCAUAUUCUCCCUACCACCAUCCCUCUCUCCGUCUCUCCCUCUGUUCCUCUACCUUUCCCCCUGUCUCACGGCACCACCACCCUGGGUUUCAUGUUCCAGGGAGGAGUCAUCGCAGCAGCAGACACUCGUUCUAGCUGCUCUGGUCUAGUGGCCUGUCCAGCAUCCCAAAAGAUUCUCCCCGUCCACUCUCACCUUGUGGGCACUACCUCGGGCACCUCUGCUGACUGUGCCCUGUGGAAGCGUAUUCUGGCACGGGAGCUGCGCCUGUAUCAACUCCGCCAUAGACGGAGGCUGUCUAUCAGGGGUGCUGCAAAGCUGCUGUCCCACAUGCUCCACCCAUUUAAGGGUACUGAACUGUGUGUGGCAGCGACUCUUUGUGGCUGGGAUGGAGGGGAAGAGGAGGAAACCCAAAAUGAACAGAGAACGGAGGGAACUGACAGGCAUCAUCAGCCAAUGACAGAAAGUGAUUCCAACUCCCAGCCAGUCACUGGCACUGGAACCACAUUUCAAUCACUUGUCGGACGUUCUCAAAGUCAAGAUGCGGGUCCGAGCUUUGAAAGACAACAGAAAAAAGUCUCUGGCCCCAGUAUCUGUUACGUGUACAGUGGUGGGACCCGCCUAGAGGGGGACCUCUUUUCAGUGGGGUCUGGGUCACCCUAUGCUUACUCUGUACUGGAUGGGGGUUAUCGGUGGGAACUGAGUGUGGACGAAGCUAUUUCACUGGCCAGGGAAGCUGUUUACAGGGCAACACAUAGGGACGCAUACUCGGGCAACUUUGUGGAUCUCUACCAUGUUACUGCCGAGGGAUGGAAACGUAGAACGAGAGAGGACCUUAAGGAAGAGUAUUACAGAGAGAAAGAGAGAGAGAAAAUGAGAGUAGAGGAGAGAAAACGAGAAAGAGCAGAAAAGGAGGAGGGGUAG